UAGACGAACCAAGGCGAGACUUAUUCAGAGAAAACAGGCACGUUGCUAGUUGUGUGUGAAUAAAACACAUUUAUACAAUUACACCGAAGAGGAAAUUUGCAAGGUUUAGUUUUUAGCCUUGCGAAGAGAUCACCAUUCGAGGGGACAGGAUAUUUGGUGAAGAUUGAAUGAAGAGCUGAGGUGAAAGAUGACCCAGUUUCUUCCCCCUAACCUGCUGGCUCUCUUUGCCCCGCGGGACCCUAUACCAUUCCUGCCACAGUUAGAAAAACUCCCGCAUGAAAAACAUCACAACCAGCCCUACACUGGCAUAGCUCCCUACAUCCGACACUUUGAGGAUCCCAGAGAUGCCCCUCCACCCACCAGAGCCGAGACUCGGGAAGAGAGGUUGGAAAGGAAGAGACGAGAAAAGAUGGAGAGGAGGCAGACAGUGGUCGAAGCUGAGCUGAAACUCUGGGACCCUCAUAAUGACCCCAAUGCCCAAGGAGAUGCUUUCAAGACCUUGUUUGUGGCUCGAAUUAAUUAUGAUACUACAGAGUCCAAGCUUCGGCGUGAGUUUGAGGUUUAUGGUCCAAUCAAACGCAUCUACAUCGUAUACAACAAAAGGACUGGGAAGCCGCGUGGUUAUGCCUUCAUCGAGUAUGAGCACGAGAGAGACAUGCACUCUGCGUAUAAGCAUGCAGACGGGAAGAAGAUUGACGGGCGUAGAGUGCUUGUGGAUGUGGAGAGGGGACGGACUGUGAAAGGAUGGCACCCCCGCAGGCUAGGUGGUGGUCUGGGCGGUACCAGGAGGGGAGGGGCAGAUGUCAACAUUAAGCACUCCGGUAGAGAUGACACCUCUCGUUAUGAUGAUCGACCAAUUGGAGGUGACCGCGACCGUGAUCGCGACCGGAGAGAUCGCAGCCGUGAGCGCGAUCGCGACAAGGAACGCGGCGAACGCCGACGUUCCCGGUCCAGAGAGAGACGCCGACGCACCCGAUCUCGCGAGAGAGAGAGGGGAGCAGGGGACGAGGGCGUGGCCGCCAGCAGGCGGAGAGACAGGGAGAGGGAGCGCGGGGCGGGAGAUAGCCGCAGUCGCGAGAGGAGCAGAGACAGGGAUCGCGAGAGGAAGAGGAGGAGCAGGAGCAGGGACAGGAAGAGAGACAGAGAGAGGGGGAAGGGGGCGGACGCAGGAGAGGAGGGUGUGGGCGGGCUAGCCGACGGCAUGAUGGGAGAAGGGGGAGAGAGAGGGAUGGAUGACCCCAGCGGGGGAGAGCCAGGGCGGGGAGACGAGGGGGGACUGGACGGGGAGGAGCGAGGGAGAGACCGCGACAGGGACAGAGAGAGAGAUCGGGAUAGGAAGCGUAGCCAUAGAGACAAAGACAGAGACAGGGACAGGGAGAGGAGGAGAGGCGACAGGGACAGAGACCGCGAGCACAAACGCGACAGGGGAGACCGCGGCGACCGCGGUGACCGCAGAGAGGACCGUCACUCCUCUCUCCUCCCGCCCUCCGGUGAUCAGGAAGGCUUGGGUAACGGGGAUGAAGAGCGGGUUGAUCACGCCCCUCCCCGCUCCGAGGAAGGCUCUCAAGACGGGAUGAUGAUGAUGAUGGAUCAGGAUUCCAUGCAGUCGGGAGAAGAUUACACAUCCAACGAGAACGGAUACAAAAUGGAACCCCAGGCCGAGGAAUACUGACAGGGCUGGGGUCAAGGGUUAAAUGUGAGAGGUUAAGGCUCCUCAAAAUGCCACAAAAAUAGCAUUUUUCUAUUAAACCCCCCCCCCCCACCCCAGCCACCCCGUCCCUGCUCCCAAGUGUCUUCUUACGAUGCACUGCUCCUUUGUGAGUCUGGGUGAUAAUGUGUCAACACAGUACUGAUAUUCCAAGCUCCUCUCAUGUGGGCUGUGUCCCUUCAGCUGUCUGAUUGGCCCUCUGAUCAGAAAAUAGGAAUAAAUGUGAAUGUUUUGGGCUUUUUUUGUUUGUUUGUUUGGUUGGUUGUUUUUUGGGGGUUUUUUUAGCCUGCUAAUGUUAUAAAUCCACUUGAAGAAAUGCAGACCAUUUUGAUCCCAAGUCUUCUCGGUGGUUGUGUCUAAAUUCAGAUUCAACUCUUGAAAAAGAAAAAAAAAAUCAGUCCAGCUAUUCUGUGCUGUUCAGUGUUGCCAUGGGCAACCAGGGGAAGUUUUGGGAACGAAAUUAGAAGCAUCACUCACUUACUCUAAAUUAUUUGUUGGUUAACAUGUAGCCUUAAUGCUAUGUGUAGGAAAAAAAAAACAAAACAGUUAAGGCUUGUUCAGUGUUCAUGACUUUUUGCUGAUUGGUUGGUCUGUUGGAAACCUUUGGAAAUCAGUUGACUUAUGUAAGACAAAUCAGGCUUUGUUAAAAUUUGAUUUCUUCUCCUCCAUUGUUCCCGUGGCAGGCCAGAAGCCAUGUUGUAUCAUGUAAGAGUUUUUGUUGGGUUGUC